AUGGAGCUCAGCGCCUUUCUCCUCCUUGCUCUCCUCACGGGACUCUUGCUUCUGUUGGCCAGGGGCCACCCGAAGACCUAUGGCCGCCUGCCGCCAGGCCCCCAUCCUCUGCCUUUCUUGGGGAACCUUCUUCAGAUGGACAGAAGUGGCUUACUCAAAUCCUUCCUCAGGUUCCGAGAGAAAUACGGGGAUGUCUUCACGGUGUACCUGGGGCCAAGGCCCGUGGUCAUGCUAUGUGGACUAAAGGCCAUACGGGAGGCCCUGGUGGACCAGGCUGAGACCUUCUCUGGCCGGGGGAAAAUUGCUAUAGUAGAGCCAGUCUUCCAGGGAUAUGGUGUGGUCUUUGCCAAUGGGGAACGUUGGAAGACCCUUCGCCGAUUCUCUCUGGCUACCAUGAGGGACUUCGGGAUGGGGAAGCGGAGUGUGGAGGAGCGGAUUCAGGAGGAGGCUCAGUGCCUGGUGGAGGAGCUAUGGAAAACCCAGGGAGCCCUCCAGGACCCCACCUUAUUCUUCCACUCCAUGACCGCUAACAUCAUCUGUUCCAUUGUCUUUGGAAAACGCUUUGGCUACAGAGACCCUGAGUUCCUGCGGCUGCUGGACCUGUUCUACCAGUCCUUCAUGCUCAUCAGCUCCUUCUCCAGCCAGGUGUUCGAGCUUUUCCACCGCUUCUUGAAGUACUUCCCUGGUACACACAGGCAAGUCUACAAAAACCUGCAGGAAAUCAGCCGAUUCAUUGACCGCAUUGUGGAGAAGCACCGUGAAACCCUGGACCCCAGCUCCCCGCAGGACUUCAUCGACGCCUACCUGAUCCGCAUGGACAAAGAGAAGGCCGACCCCCGCAGCGAGUUCCACCAGCGGAACCUCAUCUACACCGCGCUGUCGCUCUUCUUCGCUGGCACGGAGACCACCAGCACCACGCUCCGCUAUGGAUUCCUCCUCCUGCUCAAAUACCCCCACAUCAAAGAGAGAAUCCACAAGGAGAUUGACCAGGUGAUUGGCCCACACCGCCUUCCAUCCCUUGAUGACCGAGCCAAAAUGCCAUACACUGAUGCAGUCAUCCAUGAGAUUCAGAGAUUCGGGGACCUCAUCCCGAUUGGUCUGCCCCAUAUGGUCACCAGAGACACUAGCUUCAGAGGGUACAUCAUUCCCAAGGGCACUGAAGUAUUUCCUAUCCUGCACUCGGCUCUCAAUGAUCCACAUUACUUUGAAAAACCAGAAGUCUUCAACCCUGACCGCUUUCUGGAUGCCAAUGGGGCAUUGAAGAAGAAUGAAGCUUUUAUCCCCUUCUCCAUAGGGAAGCGCAUUUGUCUUGGUGAAGGCAUCGCCCGCAUGGAAUUAUUCCUCUUCUUCAUCAUCAUCCUCCAGAACUUCUCUGUGGCCAGCCCCAUGGCCCCUGAGGACAUUGACCUCACACCCCAGGAGAAUGGUGUGGGCAAACUGCCCCCAGUGUACCAGAUCAGCUUUCUGGCUCGUAGAGAAUGCUGAAGGAAGGGGGUCAAAGGAUUCCAGGAUCAUGAAGUAUCCCCACCUCUGCAGAGAACAGCUCCUUGCCUCUCUCUGGGUCUUCCUGUCACUGAGAGACCCACUGCCAACCAGCAUCUUUCCCCUCCUGGGUGCCACCUCCCUGGGAAAGUCCUCUCUGCCACCUCAUCUCAGUCCGUCAUUCUGCAGCUCUUGUAAAAACUCGUGCAAGUGUUUUCUUUCCUUUGUUAACAGAGUUCCGGAUGUGGUGUA